AUUCUAACUGGCUUUCGGCGGCCGGCGGGACGGACGCGGUUCUCGGCCUCAAGGUGCCGUGAGACGUGUCGAAGGAACAUUUUCAUCCGUGUUUGCGUGGCGUGGCUUACUAAAACGCUUACCAGCCAACUCAGCAAGUUUUCGGUGGUGGCAAGCGGCGGUGAAACGAAGAUAAUCGAGAAACAAGCGAUCACCGGUGCGGCGGGUCGCAAGGAAGUCGAACUGCAAGACCAGAACUGUUGCAGAAGUGGCUUCAAGUCGGCAGCAGAGACUCCCUACCAGUGUUACCAACAGUGGGAACUUUAUCGGACCUUAGACAGUGGCUGUUGACAACUCCAACGAACCCUGACAAUCAGCGAAGUGGCAAAGAACGACUGGCAGCGGCCGAUGCGGUGCUAAGCUGGCUCCGCCGCCGCCGCCGCCACCACGCCACCACCCGCCGCCGCCUCGCACCAUGCUACUGGAGACCAUGCUUCCCCACCUGGGCUACGGCGGCAUGCCCUUCGGCAUGCUCUUACCACGACCUCUGGUGCCUCUUCCGUUCCCGGUGGCACGACCCAAGCCGAUGCCAGCGAUGGAAGGCGGUCACCCGGGAGGACUUCAGUUUGGCGUGCAGCGAAUCCUGACAGGUCACCUGACUGGUCAUUUGACGGGUCAUCUGACGAGUCAUCUGACGCCACCGGGUCAGGGUCACAACAAGACGGAAGAGAGAUGCGAGAAGGAUAUGGAUGAGGAGUUUGAAGACGGUGAGGACGCCGCCGCCAAGCGACGUCGCUCGAGGACCAACUUCAACAGCUGGCAGCUGGAGGAACUGGAGAGGGCCUUCCAGUCCGGACACUACCCCGACGUGUUCAUGAGGGAGGCGCUGGCGAUGCGACUGGGUCUCACCGAGAGCAGAGUGGCGGUUUGGUUCCAGAACCGGCGGGCGAAAUGGCGUAAGAAGGAGCACACGAAGAAGGGGCCGGGGAGGCCGGCACACAACGCUCACCCGCAGACCUGCAGUGGUGACCCCAUAUCACCGGAGGAGCUGGAGCGAAAGGAGGCCGACAAGAGGGAGCGUAAGCUGGUGAAGCAGCUGGAGCGUCAGCAGCGGAAGCUGGCCCAGAAGGGCAUCCACGUUGAACUCGCCACACUUCGAGCUGAGUGGGAAGGCCGUCAGCGACGCGAUGAGCCAGAGAUUGACGUGGUGUCUACCGGAGAACCCGUCGAGCCGCCAUCAGACGAUAGCCAGCCACCGGUUAGUAAUGUUGGUAACACGACCAAGAAGGCGUCGUUGUCGCUGUUCAGCAUCGAAAGUCUGCUAGGCGAGAGCCGACCGGAACCUCGCCAAAGGCCGGUGAGCGGACCUCCAACAGGUCCUCAGCAAGACUGCUCGGCUCAGCCAGACUGCAUGCCGAAGCCAGACUGCGGGCCACAGUCAGACAGCAUGCCCCAGGCAACGCUGAUCCAGUGUGGUCAACAAGAAGAACGCGCACCUCAGCUAAUGCUGACCCAGUCUGAGCCUCAGGUUGAAACGAACCCAAAGGCCUCCGCCCCAGCUGAAGUUCUUCAAGAACCAGCUGGUGUACAUGCCACAGCGCCUGCUUCCGGAGUGGGGAUCCCUCCAGGACUGCUGAGAGUAAGAAGCCUGAGUGCCAGCAAUGAGAUGCCCAUGAACGAAAGCUAAGCAGGUGUCCAUUCGUUGUUGUUGUGUUGUUGCUUUCUUGAGAGAUGCCAAUGUAACUGUCGCGAGUCCUAUCUGCUUUGUUUAAGUGAGUGGUUAACAAGUCCGUGCCGUCAGUAUGUGACAUGUGUAAACCUGCCAGCAAGGCACCAAGUCAGUUCCUUAUACAUGGCUCGUAAGCCACCGUCUCCGAACUCCGACGUAGAGUAUAUUUUUGUUACAAACAUGUCCAUGAACGUUGGUCUAUGCCGUGUUCCUAACACUGUCCUUCAGCUGGUUGAUUUCCAACAUAUCACUUCACCUCACGUCCGUAUAUGCGUGUGCUACGUCCUCAACGUGUUCCAAUUUUGCACGAAUAACUGUGUGAAAAUCUGUGUGAGAGUGUCGAGAAGUGAUAGUUAACCCAUGAACGGUGUUUCGUGGCGCACAUAGCUUUACCUUAUUUAACACGGUAGUCCCAACAAGGGCCCAGUAUACUAUUGAUAUGUGGAGGGGAUUUAACACGUCUGGUUCGCGAUAGAGUGGUCAGUAGUGUUGUUGUAGAUUGUGCUCGGUGGGCUGAUGUGCUCUACGGCGCUAUGUUCGCGUGUCGGUCGAAAUAUACAAAGACGAAGAAGAA